CAGUGACUUAGUGGCAAUGGCUCUCGAGGGAUUUCGUGCAGUGCUGAGUGUUUGUUGCGUCUCUCUGGCCUCGGCCGGAUUUGGCUUGGGCGGUGGCAGUAUCAGUCUGGGCCUGGGACAUAGUACUGGCCUAAGUGGUGGCCUUGGACUAUCAAUGGGAAGUGGUCUCCUCAGCCAUGGUGUCUCGACCCACGGAUUAGGCGUGAGCAAUGGUCACGGAAUCUUGGGAGCUGCUGCAGCUGGAGCUCUACAUUCUGCAGGUUCUUCUGCCGUAUCUGGAAAUUCAUAUAGUGGUUCUAGCUCUUCAUCACAUAAUUCUGGAUUUCAAAGCGCAAAUUCUGGAGCUCAUGGGGCUGCUUUAUCUGCUAUCGCUGGAGCUGGAAAGAUAAAUGCCGGACACCUUGGCAUCGGUGCUUCUGGAGAUAUUGGAUUAGCACAUGGAUUCUCAGCAAACCAUUUAAUAGGUGCGGCCGGAGCAGGUGCGUCUGCUCUUCAUUCCACAGGUUCUUCUGCUGCCUCUCUCGCAGCUCAAAAAAUUCAGAAUUUUGGCAGCAGUCUUGCUGAAAUAGGAGCUUCUGGACAUCAUGGAGCUGCUUUAUCUGCUAUCGCUGGAUCUGGAAAGAUAAAUGCCGGACUCCUUGGCAUCGGUGCUUCUGGAGAUAUUGGAUUAGCACAUGGAUUCUCAGCAAACAAUUUAAUAGGUGGUGCCGGAGCAGGUGAUUUAGCUCUUCAUUCCGCUGGUUCGUCUGCCUCUUUCGGUGCUCAAAACACAGGGAAUUUCGGCGGCGGUCUUGCUGCAAUUGGAGCAUCCGAAUCAAGUGGAUCCAGUUCAUAUUCGUCGUCUCAGAGUUCUGGAUCCCAUAGCAUGAGUAGCGGACAGACGAGCGUCGUAGCCUCUGGAUCUGGAAAGCUAAGUACCGGACAGCUUGGCAUCGGUGCUUCUGGAGAUGCUGGAUUCGCACAGGGAUCAUCGUCUUCCGGCUCUGUUGUAGGAGGUGGAUCCCACAUGGUGGCAAACCAUUUAAUAGGUACGGCCGGAGCAGGUGCUUCAGCUCUUCAAUCCGCAGGUUCGUCCGCUGCCCCGUUCGGUGCUCAAAACACAGGGAAUUUUGGCGGCGGACUUGCUGCGAUCGGAGCAUCCGAAGCUAGUGGAUCAAGUUCAUACUCGUCGUCUCAGAGUUCUGGAUCCCAGAGCAUGAGUAGCGGACAGACGAGCAUCGUAGCCUCUGGAUCUGGAAAGCUAAGUACCGGACAGCUUGGCAUCGGUGCUUCUGGAGAUGCUGGAUUCGCACAGGGAUCAUCGUCUUCCGGCUCUGUUGUAGGAGGUGGAUCCCACAUGGUGGCAAACCAUUUAAUAGGUACGGCCGGAGCAGGUGCUUCAGCUCUUCAAUCCGCAGGUUCGUCCGCUGCCUCGUUCGGUGCUCAAAACACAGGGAAUUUUGGCGGCGGUCUUGCUGCGAUCGGAGCAUCCGAAGCUAGUGGAUCAAGUUCAUACUCGUCGUCUCAGAGUUCUGGAUCCCAGAGCAUGAGUAGCGGACAGACGAGCGUCGUAGCCUCUGGAUCUGGAAAGAUAAGUACCGGACAGCUUGGCAUCGGUGCUUCUGGAGAUGCUGGAUUCGCACAUGGAUCAUCUUCCGGCUCUGUUGUAGGCGGUGGAUCCCACAUGGUGGCAAACCAUUUAAUAGGUACGGCCGGAGCAGGUGCUUCAGCUCUUCAAUCCGCAGGUUCGUCCGCUGCCUCGUUCGGUGCUCAAAACACAGGGAAUUUUGGCGGCGGUCUUGCUGCGAUCGGAGCAUCCGAAGCUAGUGGAUCAAGUUCAUACUCGUCGUCUCAGAGUUCUGGAUCCCAUAGCAUGAGUAGCGGACAGACGAGCAUCGUAGCCUCUGGAUCUGGAAAGAUAAGUACCGGACAGCUUGGCAUCGGUGCUUCUGGAGAUGCUGGAUUCGCACAGGGAUCAUCGUCUAUCGGCUCUGUUGUAGGAGGUGGAUCCCACAUGGUGGCAAACCAUUUGAUAGGUGCGGCUGGAGCAGGUGCUUCAGCUCUUCAAUCCGCAGGUUCGUCCGCUGCCUCUUUCGGUGCUCAAAACACAGGGAAUUUCGGCGGCGGUAUUGCUGCUAUCGGAUCGUCUGAGGCUAGUGGAUCAAGUUCAUACUCGUCGUCACAGAGUUCUGGAUCCCAUAGCAUGAGUUCCGGACACACGAGCGUCGAAGCUUCUGGAUCUGGACAUGGAUCAUCUGGCUCUGUUUUUGGAAUUGAGGCACAUGGAUUAUUAGGUGCCACUGGAGCUGGAGCCUCGGCUCUACAUUCUUCAGAUUCAGCUGCUGCAUCCCUCGGUGCACUUUCAUUCAAUAAGAUGGUAAGCGGUCUUGCGGGCACUGGAGCCUCAGGCUCAGGGCUAACCUCACUGGGAUCUCACACAUCUGGGUUGCACAAGACGAACACCGGGCAGUUGAGCAUCGGUGCUUUUGGAGCUGGUCAUGGUAUCGGAACUGGCUCUGUCCUAUCAGCUGGCUCUGUUGGGGGUAGUGGAGCACAUGAGGCCGCUGCCUCACUUUUGCAUGGAGUUGCCAACGGUUUUCUUGGAGCUGGCGCUUCAGCAUUGUCGUCUGUCGGCGCCGGAAGUGCAUCACUUGAAAGCCACGGCGGCUCAGGCUCCCUUUCCUUUGGAGGCAGUCACACUGGAUCCGGGCUUUUUGGAAGCCACAGCGGGGGCGUCACUCUUGGCGGACAUGCCUUUGGAGCUGGAGGAAAUCUCGAUCAUAAUGCUGCCAGCGCAGGAAUGGAAUUCGGAGGUGGCCACAUUGGAGGCACCAUCAACCAUGUUGGCAGCCUUCUCUAUGGUUAGUCUCAGAUAAUAAUUCAAGACUUAAAUUUUACUAUUUCUCAAUAUUACUUUAAUUUUACCUUAACGAAAUAAAAUUUACCUUUAUUGAAAGCCGCAUGGCCUCAAUGUGAA